AUGAACCAUGUGAAACCUCAGAAAACCAAAAUUUUAUACAAGGCAAAAAACGAGAAACCAAUAAAUAUUCCAGAGCUUAUUCAAGAUAACGAUGAUUCAUCAUUGGAAAUAUUCAAAAUGUACCAGCACAAGUAUUACUUGCCCCAUAAUAAACGGAUAUCAAACAUUGCAUGGAGAAUUCAGAAUAAGAAGAUUCUUGCAUUAGAUAGACAGAAACAGAGGGAAGAGCGUUAUAACCAAGACAAACAAAACCAUAAUUCCUCCAAUGACAAAUUAGAUGAAUUUGAUUACAUUAGCCAGAUAAGAAAAAUGAGUCAAGGACAGGAAAGAGAAGAAUCCAUGACCUCUUCAUUUGACAAUACUAAGCAUUCUCCGUAUACAAAUUCUUUAACGUCCGAUUCGUCGCUUUUCAGUGGGAACAGGUCAGUUAGUGCAUCCACAGCCAACCCAUCAACAGGAGAAAAAUCGAAUGAAAAUUUGCUUACUUCAUAUAUCAGUUCAUUAGAGUCUACAUUCAAAGAUGACUAUAAGUUACCGGAAAAGUUAUCCAAGACAAGUCCCUCGACCAGGAAUACAAAGUUCUUACAAUGUACAAAUUGCAAUACAAAAACGACACCACUUUGGAGAAAAUCUAAUAAUGGAGACUUAUUGUGUAAUGCUUGUGGAUUAUUCUAUAAAUUACAUGGAGUGUUACGGCCUUUAAGUCAAUCUAAUCAUAAACCUUCAGUACUGAAUGAUACAAUUACUCCGAUCAAUGAGUCACAAAUGUCAAAUAUUAGGAACAACACAAAUUAUGACAUAAGUCCAAACAUAAUAUCUCAUCAUCAUCAUUAUAUUGAUACCUCAAAUGACGAGUCCCGAGGGCAAGUAGACCAAGAUCACAAUGAUGAUAUGAAUAUUGAUCAGUUUCUAGAAAUGGAUCCUUCUGGUAAAAAUGUAUCUACACUGAAUAAUACCCAUCAGGUUUUAGGUACGGAUUUCACCCUGAAUAAAAACUCGACGAAUAACAAUAUUGAUGAAAUUGACAUGUUAUUAAACAUGAAUUUAUUUCAAUCUGAAUCCUUUGUUAUUGGAAAUGGGAAAAAUAAUAUGAAACCAAGUAAGGAAAAUCAUAAUAACAACAGCAACAGUAACAGGAAUGAUAAUAUUAUUACAAAGGGAGGUAAUAGACUUGACAACCAAGGUAUGGUAUAUGACAUUCAAAAUAUGGGUGAAGUUGGAAUUGGCGACGAAAUAUUAGCUGACGAACCAGCGGAGGAAGGUUCUAACUGGAAUUGGUUAGACUUCCUUGCAAAUGGAGAUAAUGAAAUUAAUUCAUCUUAA